ACGAACCGUCUUUAGUUCCAGAACAAGGGUAUAUAAAUUUGUAGCUUUGCUCGUCCCGCUUGCUUUUCACACGCGCGGGAAUAUAAACCUAGAAAGAGGGCGGGCAAGGGCAAGAGGUAACCAGAGAUGGCGCCGGUAAUGCAGAGUUCUCAGCCAUGGGUCGAGAAAUAUCGACCGAAGCAAGUGAAGGACGUUGCUCAUCAGGACGAAGUCGUUCGUGUCCUCACCAACACCCUCGAGACCUCCAACUGCCCGCAUAUGUUGUUCUAUGGUCCACCUGGAACAGGAAAAACCACCACUGCCCUUGCCAUAGCCCACCAGCUUUUUGGACCUGAACUCUAUAAGUCUAGGGUCUUGGAGCUUAAUGCAAGUGAUGACCGUGGGAUAAAUGUAGUUCGCACAAAAAUCAAGAACUUUGCUGCUGUUGCAGUAGGUUCCGGACGUCAAGGGGGCUAUCCUUGCCCACCAUUUAAGAUAAUCAUCCUAGAUGAGGCAGAUUCCAUGACUGAAGAUGCUCAGAAUGCUUUACGGCGUACAAUGGAAACUUACUCCAAAGUCACAAGAUUCUUUUUCAUUUGUAAUUACAUUAGCAGGAUCAUUGAGCCCCUUGCUUCUAGAUGUGCAAAGUUUAGGUUCAAACCACUUUCAGAAGAAAUUAUGACGAGUCGUAUAUUGUACAUUUGUAAAGAGGAAGGUCUCAAUCUGAAUUCUGAGGCUCUUUCAACCUUAAGCUCCAUCUCACUAGGUGAUCUUCGUCGGGCUAUAACGUAUUUACAGGGAGCUGCACGCUUAUUUGGAUCAUCUAUUUCUUCCAAGGACUUGAUUAGUGUGUCAGGGGUGAUUCCUCAGGAGGUUGUUCACUCUCUGUUUUCAGCUUGCAAAAGUGGUAAUUUUGACUUGGCAAACAAGGAAGUCGAUAACAUAAUUGCUGAGGGAUAUCCAGUUUCUCAGAUGCUUUCUCAGUUGUUUGAUGUAGUUGUUGAAGCAGAUGAUAUUUCGGAUGAACAGAAAGCAAAUAUAUGCAAGAAAUUGGCUGAAGCAGAUAAGUGUCUUGUUGAUGGGGCAGAUGAGUAUUUGCAGCUGUUGGAUGUGGCCAGCCAAACAAUGCGAGUACUUUGUAACAUGCCACUUGAGUUUUCAUAUCAAAACUAAGUUAAAAAAUAGAUGCAAACGAUUGUGCCGAAUCAUUUUGAAGGAAAGUGUUCAGAAUGGGUUCAUGCAAAUCAAUCUAAUGUUUGUGCGUAUUAUAUAUAUCCAUGUUAAUUGGUUACGUUU